GUUAAUUAAAGAUAUCGAUUUCCCUGAUUAUUAUGAGCCAUAUCUGACAUAGUAUUUGUAGCUUGAUGUCUGUAGGUAUCAGGAACUGCAAUGUCUUUGCUUUUCCCCAGCUUUGACAGGGGCUGUGUAUAAACUCUGCUAAGCAAAAUUCUUCCAUCUGAUUCAAUUAUGCACAUUAAAUCUAUUUGCAUAUAACUGAGGAAUUAUUUUGCAUCUGCUAGGCAUGGGGAGAAGAAAGGUGCACUGAAAUCACCAGGUACUGUGCACAUUUCCAAUAUUAACUUGGGAACCAUAAGGACUAGGAACAUCCUCUUAUAAAAUAGAAUUCCCAAAGUCUCAAAUGUGUCUCACAUACUCGCACAGUGAGACAAGGCUGUAAUCUUAUGCACACUUAUGUGAGAGUAGAACCAAUUAAACUCGGUAGGACUUCCUUCGUAGUAAACAUAUAGAAGAGGACUGCAUAUGCAAUUCCUAAUACAAUAAAUACAGCUACCUAAAGGUAGACUUUACAACAUCAGGCAUAAAGAGUAUGCACACGACUAGAGGUGUGGAGGGCAGGCGGGGUGAACACUAUGCAAAACUUACCAUUUUCAGGUAAAGAUUCAGAUAAAACAGAAGGGGACAGAGCAGAACCACAUAAGGAGCAGACACAAGGCUGUGCUAGCUGGUCAAAGAGAUCAAACAGCCAAAAGAAAGAUAGCACACACACCAGAAGAGGCAACUUCUCCAAAAUGAGGAGUAUGGUGAAAAGAAAAUUGAAAGGGAAAAUCAUGAGAGUCACUUCACUCCAGAACACAUGGAGUUUACUCAAAACCACAAUACUAGAAGCCCAGUUAGAAUGUAUACCCAAAAGGAGGAAAGGCACCACCAGGACCAGGAGGAUGCCAGCAUGGCUAACAGGUAAAAUCAAGGAGGCCAUUAAGGAGAAGAAGACUUCCUUCCAAAAUUGGAAGGCCUGCCCAAAUGAGGAGAACAGAAAGGAACACAAACUCUGGCAAAAGAAAUGCAAGGUGACAAUAAGGGAGGUGAAAAGAGAGUUUGAGGAACAUUUAGCUAAAAGCAUCAAGGGGAAUAAUAAAAACUUCUUUAAAUAUAUCAGAAGCAGGAAAUCUGCCAGGGAGGUGGUUAGACCAUUAGACAAUGGGGGAGUAAAAGGGAUGAUUAAGGAGGAUAUGGAGGUUGCAGAGAAGCUAAAUGAGUUCUUUGCAUCUGUCUUCACGGCAGAGGAUACUGAGCAUAUACCUAUUCUUGAACCAGGCUUUUUGGGGACGGAGGCUAAAGAACUGAGUCAGAUAGAAGUGACAAGAGUUGAUGUUCUAAACUGUUUUGAAAAAUUCAAGACUAGCAAAUCGUCAGGGCCAGACAGCAUGCAUCCAAGAGUCUUUAAAGAACUCAAAUGUGAACUUGCCGAUCUCCUCGCUAAAAUAUAUAACUUAUCUCUACAAUCAGGCUCUGUACCAGAGGACUGGAGAGUAGCAAAUGUAACAUGGAUUUUCAAAAAGGGAUCCAGGGGCAAUCUGGGAAAUUACAGGCCUGUUAGCUUAAUGUCCGUUCCAGGCAAACUGAUGGAAAGCAUGCUCAAGGAUAAAAUUGUAAAGCGCAUAGAAGAACAGGCCCUGCUGGGGAAGAAUCAGCAUGGCUUCUGCAAAGGUAAAUCUUGCCUCACAAACAUUUUGGAGUUCUUUGAGAGUGUCAACAAGUGAUAUAGUAUACCUGGACUUCCAAAAAGCUUUUGACAAAAUUCCUCAUCAAAGACUCUUGAGGAAACUUAGCAGUCAUGGGAUAAGGGGACAAGUACAUGUGUGGAUUGCUAACUGGUUGAAGAAUAGGAAACAGAGAGUAGGUAUAAAAGGAGAGUUUUCACAAUAGAGGGAUGUAAAAAUUGGGGUCCCCCAGGGAUCUGUACUGGGACUGGUGCUUUUUAAUUCAUUCAUAAAUGAUGUAGAAGAAGGGGUAAGCAGUGAGGUGGCCAGAUUUGCAGGUGAAACCAAACUCUUUUGGGUAGUGAAAUCCAAAACAGAUUGUGAGGAGCUCCAAAAAAGAUCUCUCCAAACUGGGUAAGUGGGCAACAAAAUGGCAAAUGUGCUUCAUUGUUGGCAAGUGUAAAGUGAUGCACAUUGGGAUGAAAAACCCCAACUUCAAGCAUAUGUUGAUGGGAUCUGAGCUGUCGGUGACUGACCAGGAGAGGGAUAUUGGGGUCAUGGUGGACAGCUCGUUGAAAGUGUUGACUCAAUGUGCGGCAGCUGUGAAAAAGGCCAAUUCCAUGCUAGGGAUCAUAAGGAAGGGGAUUGAAAAUAAAACUGCUAAUAUUAUCAUGCCCUUAUACAAAACUAUGGUGUGGCCAC